AUGCCAGAGAAGGUGACUUGAGCAACUCUGUGAAAAAUGGAUUACUAUACUUAGAGGACCCUAUAGAUCAGUCAUGGACUCCACAUUUCUUCGUGCUAACAUCCACUAAACUAUACUACAGCGUGGAGACAAGUCACGAGGAGGAGGAGGACACUGAUGAUGAUAAUAGUAGCAAUAUAGAGGGGCAGCCGCAGGAAGAGCUUCAUUUUAGUGAGAAAUGGUUUCAUGGUCGGUUACCUGGGGGACGAACUGAAGCCGAGAACAAACUCAAGGAAUAUGCUAGCCUUGGAAAUGGAACUUUUCUUGUCAGAGAUAGUGAUACAUUUGUCGGAGACUUCUCUCUGUCUUUCAGGUGGCAAAACACCAUAAACCAUUGUAGAAUCAAAUCCAAACAGGAAUUAGGACAGGUGAAGUAUUAUUUGAUAGACAAUGUGAUGUUUGAUAGUUUAUACAGCCUGAUUAUGUAUUACCGUACACAUCCGCUCAAGGGAACCAACUUUUCUAUGGUGCUGAAAGAACCUGUACCACAGCCACAGAGUCAUGAAGGAAAAGAAUGGUAUCAUGAAAACAAAGAUCGUGAUCAAGCAGAGGAAAUGUUGAAACGUAUACCAUAUGAUGGUGCCUUUCUUGUCAGACGCAGCGAAACUGAUAUGUUCUCAUACGCAAUAUCAUUCAGGGCGGAGGGAAAAAUCAAGCAUUGUAGAAUACGACAGGAGGGUCGUUUGUUCACUAUAGGAACUGCUGAAUUUGAAAGCCUUGUAGAAUUAGUCCAAUAUUAUGAGAGAUAUCCACUUUAUAAGAAAAUGAAGUUACGUAAAGCAGUCAGUGAUGAAGUAGUGGAGAGAGAGGGGGUUGACCCCUCAGAUCAAGCACUAUAUGGACUGUUUGGUCAGCCAGAACUAUAUAUAAACCCAAACGACUUUACAUCCAAGGACCCAAGUACACAAGAUGAGGCCAUAUAUGAUGCAGGAAUUUAUCACCUGCCUAAUGCAUAUACAUCUAAGGCCCCAAGUUCUAAUGGAAAUGAUGCUGAAACAUAUGAUAAGGCUAUUUACUUUCAACCCAAUAUAUUCUUUUCUAAGGUUCGUGUUAAAGCACUUCAUGAUUAUCAGGCUAAUAGAGAUGAUGAGUUAUCAUUCUGCAAGGGAUCUAUCAUCACUAAUGUCAACAAACAUGACAAUGGCUGGUGGCGUGGAGAUUAUGCCGACAAAAAACAGUUUUGGUUCCCAGCAAAUUUUGUAGUUGAGUUAGAACCUCAGGAUGACUCUGUAGACAACACACCUCUUGGUUCCCUGCAGAAAGGAGCUCUAGAUGUGCGCGGAUGUAUAACAGAGGUAAUGCAAGGAAGGGGAGAUAAGCCAUGCUGUUUCCGAAUCUUCAGUAACACGAUACCUGCUCCACUAGAAGUAGGCUGUGAUUCCGAGACUGACAUGAGGGACUGGAUAGAAAAUAUCAAAAUGUGUGCUGAAAACUUGCAGGAUCAGAAAAGAACUGAGCAACAAAACAUGAAGCAAUUGGAGAGGAGGAAUCAGAUUGCUCAAGAAUUCUCUGACCUCAUUGUCUAUUGUAUAGCUGUACAGUUCAACUUGGAAAGGACGGGUCUAUACCAAGAGAUGUCCUCUUUCCAAGAGACUAAAGCUGAAAACAUGUGCACCAAAUCAAAAGCUAAAGCUUUUCUAGCAUACAAUCGACGUCAGUUGAGUCGAGUUUAUCCAAAAGGAUCACGUAUAGAUUCUACAAAUUAUAACCAACUACCAAUGUGGAAUUGUGGAAGUCAACUGUGCGCGCUCAACUAUCAAACCCCAGACCGGUCCAUGCAACUUAACCAGGGGCGUUUCUUACAAAAUGCAUCAUGUGGAUAUGUUCUACAACCAGACUGUAUGAGACAUGAGGAUUUUUCUCCAUUUGAUAAAAAAUCUGUGAGAGUAGAUCCUCUUACUAUCUCUAUAACAGUGAUUGGAGCUAGACAUUUAAUGAAAUCAAAGCGUGGACUGGUUAGUCCUUUUGUUGAGAUUGAAAUUGUUGGCCUAGACUGUGAUAAUAGUAAAUAUAAAACUGUUACAAUACCUGAUAAUGGUUUAAACCCAGUGUGGAGUCGGUCAAUGACUGACUUUGACAUU